AAAAAUCACUCCCUCCACUCACGAAAAUAAGAAGAAACAGAAAAAUCUCAGCACGCAACGCCACGACAUUCUUGUUCUUUCUUCUUCCUUUCCCCAUUUGCUACCGCUGGCUGUCUUGCUGCCGCAGCUGCAACUCAAGGCGAGGCUACUCUCUCUGGAAGAUGGAGCCUGACCACACUGGUGCUGCCGAGCAGAAUUCUCCCCGUGGGAACGAUUGGGAGGUUGUGCAACUCACUGCAUCAAACUACGCAUCUGCGCCUGGUCCACCAAGAUCUGAGCCUUAUCAUGAGGAAGAGGCUGAAGGUCAGGCGUAUGGCGCAAAGGGGGAUGAUUCAGCAGCUGCGGCACUACUGAUGUCUGGCCAUUUCUCAGUGUCGCAAAAUGAAGCCGAGGAUCUCCUCAAGGGCGCGGAUAGCAAAGAGCGGCAGGAGGUGUGUGGCAGCCAAUAUGCAGUUUCCGACAAGGGCGGCGAUGACGUUAGGUGCGAAGAGAAGAAAUUGAAGGAUGACUUUGACAGGAUUCCGUCCUUUGACAAAGGAAAAGGCCUUUCCUCGGUUGAUAUGGAGUCUGAUGAUGGCAACACGUUGCAUGGGGUGCAUUUGGCUAGUGAAGACCCUGUUAAGUUCUCAUCCCACGGUGAUGCUGAGAAAGAAUUGAGCUGGUCAGCUACUGAGAGUAAAACCGAGGAGCCAAUAACGCUGCACAAUUUAGGCCCUGCCGCUGGUUCAUCCAAGGUUGCAUCUGGUGAACAUAACAAGCCUGAUGGUUCUGGAGUCCCACGUGACGCAUGGUGGAGGAAACAACUUAUAUCACUGUAUAGGAGUGCCAAGGAAAGUAACAAGCUUUGGCCUAUCUUUGUGGCUGCUGCUGCUUUGAUGGGGAUGGCGUAUUUUCGGCGGCGCUGGCAGAAGGGCAAGCUGCAGCUUCAGCAGGUCAAAUUGCAACCUGCUAGCAGCAAGGAGUGCCAGAAUUUCCCAGAUAUUAUCAUUUCAGCAACUCCUGUGAUCCUGUCUAUUGUCGUUUCUAGCAUGUUGGGUCUAUUGCGGUGGCAACUUGCAGCUGGGUUCUACUACUAAUAAGCACAAAACUUGUGCUUGCUUUUCAGAGAAUUAACCGUGCCAAUGUACCGUUGAACCGGAUCAAGGACAUUCUUGUUGCUGGCAAUCACUCAAUUCCAGCUCCCCAUGGACCUGCUCGAUCGAGCUGAUUACCACCCCAGCGAUGUGUGAUGUAUAGUGAAAUUAAUGUAUCGCUUGGAGAUAUCGGCAGAACCUGGCAGAGCAUCAGCAUCUACCCUGUACCACUAGGUUCGUGGAUGUUUAUGCGUGCUGGCUGUGUAAUCAAAUCCCAAACUCACUUGGAAUCUUGGAUAUAUGUAAAUAUAAUGUGAGUUUUGUGUGGUUUAUCUCCCUCUUUUGGAACAAUUGCCUCUGGUUAGUUCUCAUGUGAAACUUCCUGCAAGUCAACUUGUCAGACACUGUUCCAUUGC